CGCAUAACCCAUGACCUCAUUGUGACCUUCACAUUGGUUUCUCUUUCCUGGCGAGACGACUGUGGUUGCCAUUUAAAAAUGUCAAUCUUUGAUGUGCUUAACAUGGCUCUAAGUAUCUUCUUUUGACAGUCAUUCAUCCUUUCUCAUUGUAUUGUAAGAGCCUAGAUGAUUGUGGUAACAGUGAAGCAGAAACUUACAAUGCAGGAAGAAGAGGGGUGUGAACGAUGGCUGGUGGUAAUUGCAGCCUUUUUUACCCAGUUCAUCAUCUGUGGAGUCACUUACAGCCUUGGUAUUUUUCAUGUGGUUUUUAAAGAUGUCUUUUAUGAGUCACACUUUGACACGUCAUGGAUUGGAUCUAUUUUGCUGUACAUCACAGCACUCUCAAGUGUGAUGUUCCGGUUUGUCACCAGUUACUGGGGCAGCAGAGUCAGUGUUAUGCUUGGUGGUUUUCUGGCUGCAGCAGGACUUGCCUUGUGUGUUGUUGUUCAAGAACUUUAUCAGUUAUAUCUGGCAUUUGGUCUUUUGACAGGUGUUGGUUUUGGUUUAGCCUGCUCUCCAUCAAUAGUUGCUGUGGAACGUAUUUUUAUCCAUGGACGUUACCAAGCUCUGAGUGUGGUGGUAGCUGGCAUUGGAGCAGGGAUUAUUACCUUCCCCAUCCUAAUUCGUUAUCUCUUGGACUACUUUGCAUGGCGUGGAACCAUGCUCAUUCUCUCAGGCAUUGCGCUAAAUUUGUGUGUGUGUGGUGCUACUAUGAGGCCUCGUCCCCAUGAUAAGGAGCUGAGGUUGCUUCCUUUGUUGUCCUGUCAUCCUAUGCGUCAUCCACUUUUCCAUGGCAUGUGUAUUGCAAACCUCUUCUGGAGUUUUGGAUCAACAGUGAUCUACAUGUAUCUUCCUGCAUAUGCCCUGUCCCAAGGCACUUCUUUUGAGACUACCACACUGCUAGUGUCCUGUGUUGGCAUGGCCAGUUUCAUUUCUCGCUUGAUCUUUGCAUUUAUGGGACACAACUCCACUCUUGAUGAGGUAACAUCUGUGCUCUGUUCAGUUGGACUAGGUGUGGUCAUCACAGGUAUCUGUCCUCUCUUAUUUGAACACUACCCUGGACAGAUUGGCUACACUUUACUCUUUGGAUUUUACAGUGGUUUUUGGACCACCUUUCUUUCUCAAGUAUCUCGAGAAUUGAUUGGACCUGAGUACAUUGCCCUUGGUAAUGGAUACUUGUCUUUCAUGGUGGCACUGGGUUCACUGACAGCUGGUCCCGCAGCAGGGCUUCUUAUUCAGGAAGAGAAUGAAUUCGAGCAUGCUUUUUAUUUAGCUGGUGCCUGUCUGCUUUGGAGCUCCAUCAUCAUGGUCAUGUUCAAGUUGAAACGAUGUGUGGCACCUUCUCGUGAUGACUAUGAUAAAUUAAAAGAAAAAAUGACAGAUGUGCAGAAGGUGCCACUGAUGCUGGAGGAUAUAAACAGCAAGGAGAAGGUGCAGAUGCUUGCUGAUGAGAUUGUCGUUGACACUGUCAUCACCUCUGUGUAACAAAGAUGGAGAAGACCAGAGUCAAGGAUUGGAUUGUUAUAACUCAGUGAAGUUGUGAAUGUUGACUCUUACUGUAAAGUGAAGGAACAUUGCUUCAAAGGCGAAGAAACCUAUAAGAAAGCCGUAUUCGGUGUUUAUUUAUUGAGGAAUCUAUCUGUAUGUUUGAUUCCAUUGCACAUCUGUUUAUUUAGGCUUUUUCCUGUUUCAUAGUAUGCAAUGUUCGUAAGUUUUGCUAAUGUGAUUCUCGUGAUACUCAUCUUGCUUACUAGAAUUGAAAAUAUAUAACUGAAGAAAAUGUUUUUUUGCAAGAAUCUUUUGUACUGUGGUGAUGUUUUGGUAAGGUUAGGUAACAUUAAUGAAUUGGUUCUGCUGAAAGAUUAGGUAUAGCGAAUGUGCUAUUCUUCUUACAGUCAUAAUAUUGAGGACAGACUUAGUCCUAGAUCAGUUUGGUGAAUAAAUCUGAUGACACCUGGACCAGCCAUAUGUUUGAAUUAAAUUAUUACUCACCUCUUCUGUAAACAUUACUUCAAACACCGUUUCCCACCUUGCUAGUCCUUUUUCACAGCCUUCCUUGAUUGUCUUCCUUUUGCAAUGUCAUAUUACAUUUUCUGUAUUUCAUUUUAUUCUUCAUUAGUACUGUUGUUUAUUCUUUUAUAGUUCAUAUGUUAUUUAUUUGUUUUCCUGUCCCUUGUAUGCUGUCCAUGUUUCGAUUGCAUUCUUGGGCGCUAAGGGCAUACUUCUUAGGAGUGUGAGUAUGCACUUUACAAAUUUUGCAUUUAUUAUUAUUAAUUUCAUAGUAUUUUUUUGCAUUCCAAGUUAAUUUCAUAUUAAUAUGUUUUGUUACUUGGAGAUUUAAAAGUAAUAUUUCUUAAAUUUUCAUGAGUUUCUGAACAUUUUAAAGUGAAAAUUGGCAGUUUUGAUUAUAGUUAUUUGUGAAUUUUCCACUUCACUAGAACUAGACAUUAAACACAACAUUCUACUAAAAACCUUCAAUGUUUUCCACAUGAACACACAUAUAAAUAGACGAGAUUCAAAUUUAUCCUACUCUUUACGCGAUUCUAAGCAGUUUUAUUUUGCCUUUAGAAUCCCUUUAAUAAGUUUUGUCCAUUGACAUGUAUUGAACAUUUUAAAGAGUGUGCUAUCUUUGAAUCGGAUACUGCUAUAUAUGGCAGACCUUUUUCCCUUGGAUUGAAGGUUAGAAUAUAUCGUUAAAGGUUUAAUCCAUUCUUAAUGUAAAUAUUUUUCCAUUUCCUCCUACCCACACAAAUGAAAAUUUGAAAGCUUUUUAUUGCUUAGGUUUCACUUUAAGGAUAAGUAUGAAUGACUUCUCAUUUUAAGGGUGGAUUCACCAAAAUAUGUGUUCUGAGCUCAUUCUGGUUAACAGUAUGAAAGAAACAAGAUAGUAUUCAGGAUGCUGUUAAACUUUGCAAGGGUGUCAUGAAGAUAUUUAAAGCAGCCAGAUAGUGGAGUAAAGUUAGUCCCUAAUAAUUCUAUUAUUUAGGAGUGACGUAUUGAGACUUUUUGUUGUUAGAGUGGCACCAUCUUUUCUCCCUCACUACCUUUCCUUUCUCAGCCCUUUAUAGAUCAGGUACCCAUUUAACAGAGGGAAAACUUGUUGGGGAAGCAUGCUUCACAGUACAGUAAUUAAACUGGCUAGUGUGAGUGCUUCCAAUCUCAGAGGCCCUUUCCCUACCUACUCAGCUGUUAACUUUACCAACCAGAUUAUAUGUGCAGACAUUGGUAUGCAGAUAAAUUGUGUUCUCAUUGCCAGCUUUUAAAAUUUAUUAUAAGGCACCAAAUGGAUUUUCUUGUACAGCAAAACAGAAUAAUUUUAUAGACACAUUGGUGGAACUAACAAAAACCUGUAGUUAAAAUCUGAUGUAGGGACACACUUCAUUUCGACAACUGCUUUCAAAUGAUGUUUGUCCCCAUGUCAGAGGUUUGCACUUUGAUGUUCACAGCCAAACAUAAUUAAGAUAGAUGCGUGUGCACAGACUUGACAACAAAUAAAAUAGCACAGAUGUUUGUUAGAAAAAUUAUAUGCGGGAUAGAAAGAAAAAUUGCGUGCAGCAUUUAUAAGUAUGUCCUUGAGACCAGGUUGGACAACUAUGUCUGGCCCUUUUAGCCCCUACUAAGGUAUAAUCAUAAUGGCAUUAUGAGUCUGCUGACCAGUAAGACCUAAUCCUACACAGAUACUUAAAGACAGUGAUUCUUAACCGGGGUUCAAUCGAACCCUAGGGGUUCAGUGAGUCGGUCUCAGGGGUUCGGCGGAACCUCUGCCACGGAGGUCAAGACACACCUAUUCAUGAUGACACUAAAGAAGGGUUUGGUGAAUGUACAUAUGAAACUUGUGGGUUCGGUACCUCAAACAAGGUUAAGAACCACUGCUUUAAGAUCAUCAUAAAGAAUUUUUGUCCAGUCUACACAAACGGAACAUGAUCUUCAUUGAGAGACAAAACUAAUGUUGCUCAAUCUAAGAUAAAGGAAUGUGGGGUGGACUGUAGAAAUUACAGUGUUAUAAUAUGUCCGCUAACCACUGCACAGAACCAGUCACUGCUAGAGUAAAAAUUCUUAAAGUAUUUCAAAGUUGCACCAGCCACCAUUCUCCCACUUCACAGAAUGGCAUUUGGAAGAUCUUUGUGUCUACAGCCAUAACCAAUACUGUAAUGCAAUGUCCUGUUAACUUCUUCAUAACUUUGUAUUAAAAAUGUUCCUAUUCUGUGAAAAAGACAACAUAAACAAGUCUUUUUUCAAUGAAGUGACCACGGCUUUUGUUUUAGAAGUUGUUACAAAUGCUUGUGAUAAGUUGACAUGUAGGGGACUAGAAAAAAAUAGGGCCUCUCUGGCAACAAAAGUGAACGAUUUUUCACCAUUCGAAAAUGAACAUCACUCCUAAAAUAAUGGAACAGGCUAAGGCACGAAUUUUGUACCCAUACCUUGUCCACAAUCACUUUUUCAGGUGUUCACUGAUCAGAGGUUGUUUUGAGUUAAAAACCGAUCCAUGCGGACCAAAUGUACUGUGAUGGGAUAUGUUUGCUGCUCAGAUGGCUUACACAUCACAUGUAGUAAACUUCAAUCUGUAAAUUCUCUCUACAGCCAUAUUUUGUGACUGUCAGUAAAACUGUCAACUUAGAAACUGCUGCUUUAGACUUUUAAAUCAUUGGGGAUUUUUGUUGAUAUUUUUAAAAAGAUUUUAAAUUUAACCUAUAGCAUAAAUUCCAUUUUAGUUAAUGAACAGUAUGUUUAUGGACUUGGUCAUUGCAGAAUGGUUGUAUUAAGAUCAUUUGUUGAUGAAUUUCUCUGUUUUGAAUUGUUCAUAUUUCCUUCUGUAAUGUUAAUAACAGAGAGAAAUGGUAUAAUAUGUUCAUUAUACCAAGGUGCCUCUGUACAUUGCUUUACACGUGUAGGUUGGGCUGCAAGAGACAUUUCAUCCAUGGAAGUGCCCAAGGGUCUGUUGGCCAUCUGAAAUCUCUGGCCACUUUGAUAAGAUUUUAUUUUCAUCAAGUAACAUUGCUCAAAGUACAUGUCUUAGUGAUGGCCACUACUUUCUAGACCAGUGGUGCCCAACCUUUUCUUGCCUGAGAGCUCCACUGGACAUGUUAUAAAAUGUUGUGGGCCAGAACAUCGCGGUUUUGCCAGAAUCAUGAUGUUAAAAUAAAAUUAUGUUGUGUCUGGUCAUAAUGAGCGGGCCAGACGAGGCCCACUGGCCAUAGAUUGGGCACCCCUGUUCUAGACAGCCACACUACUAUGUGCACACCUAUGUACAACAUAAUUUCUCUCCCAGCACACACACACAUGCUGUCUGUCUCUCUCACACACACAUUUAAAUCGUUCCCAUACUUGCACGCACGUACACACACACAUUUGUGUAGAUGCAUAUGGAAUUAAAGCGUCAGCAUAUAGUUCUGAUGGUGCAAACUAUGGAUAGUUUCAGUCAGUAGUUCAGCUAGCUGUAUGUACCAUCAGGUUAGUCAGACUUUGAUAUAUGGGAAAGAGAAACCUAUGCUAGCGUGUGGUACAUGUGCAGUUUCACUUUCUGUUUCUGUAAGUAAACAUUCUUAUAAAGUUUCACUGUUAUGAAUUGAAUUUUGUAACCAUUGUGUAGAUAUAUCUCUUGGUGGGUAGCAGCAUUAUGAUGUGUAUUAAACCUCACACUCAAUGCAGCCAAUAUCUGCCACAUUGAUCUAGCCUGCGAGAUCCAACUCUGAUAUUUCUAGUAGUUGAACAUGUUGAACUCUUGGAACAUAGAAUAUUUGGUGUGUGAGAGGGCGUGGGUGAAUGAUAAUUGUUUCUAGAGUUUGCUUUGUAGCAUAUAAGUACUGAGGGUGUGUGAACAAAAAGAGUAAUACAGAAAGUGAGCGCACAGAGCUCAUAUGUAAGGAUUAAUUAUCAGACGUGUUGUCUUUUGCCAGCAUGUGGUGCUGUUCAUAUAAGGUGUCAUUGAUGCUUGGUUUUUCAUUGUCACAUUUAGUGUGUCUGCUGAUUGUGUGCUUGGAGAAAAUCACGUACACUCUGUAAAUAAACAGGUUUGAAUUUUGACAAAGAUUUGUAGAUGUGGUUUGAUGAAGAUAUUGGCACUGUAGAUUCAAUCACCUACAAGCCAUUAAUGACAAUAUAAGGACCUAGGCUUUACACGUGGUCAUUAACACCAUCUUUCCACCUUCCACUAUAGCUUUCACCUUUUUAAAAUAUAGGUACACUUCGAUAUAAGGAAAUCAGAAAUGAAUGCUUAUGCUGCCAACAAUUGCAUGUCUUUCAAAAUUAAGGUGUUCCUAAGUUUCAGCUGUUAAAUUUGCUCUUUGAACACAUUGUAUUGUAAAAGAGAACUGAGCUCUUAUGCAGCCUAUUUUGCAGAAAAUGAUGGAACUAGGAGUGGAUCACUGAACCAUAUGUAAAAAUUUAUAUUUUUAAUAUAUCAGUAAUAUAGUACUGCUUGCAAGAUAAUUACAAAAUACUGCUUGCUGGUACCACCAGCUGCUGAUGCGUGGUGGAAAAAACAAUAAGUAGACAACAUUAUUCAUUCUGAUAUACAACUGCCUAAAUUGCUCACAUGUGAAAUUGUAUGAUUAUGUUAAAAGGAAAAGUUAUGGUGUAUGGCAUGUGUUUCAAAAUGUGUACUGUCUCAUUAUAAAUUUGGAUAACUUUCAUAUUUUCCAGUUAAUAAAAGAUAAUAGUGUCC